UUGAUCUCAAACCCCUUCCUUACACGAAGCUUCACUGACUGGUGGUUACAUGUUCGCCCACUUGAGGCACCUAAGACAAACAGCUACCUGUCAGUUUUGACAUUUAGAGCUUCUUUGAGGGAUUUGGGAUAGCUCCUUCAUGAUACCGACUGCUUCCAGUACAUAUUCCCUGCAAAGCUGUCGCCGACUCACUCCGGUGCUCCAGAAACAGAGCUUUUUCAGCUGGUGAAUAGAAAAUGCCCCCUGCUGCAACCAAUCUAGGCUACACCCCACCAGAUGGAGGCUGGGGCUGGGCUGUCGUCUUCGGUGCUUUCAUCUCCAUAGGAUUCUCCUAUGCCUUUCCCAAGUCACUCACCAUCUACUUUAAGGAGAUCCAGGAAUAUUUCUCUGUGUCCUACAGCCAGAUUGCCUGGGUGUCCUCGGUCAUGCUUGCGUCCAUGUACGCAGGAGGACCUGUGAGCAGCAUUCUUGUGAACCGUUACGGCAGCAGACCUGUGGUCAUGGUUGGCGGGGUCAUGGUCUGCAUUGCCAUGGUGCUUGCUUCUUUUGGCACUACCAUCAUACAUCUCUAUCUUUGUGUUGGAGUAAUUGGAGGUCUUGGCCUUGCCUUCAAUCUACAGCCAGCUUUAACAAUCAUUGGAACCUACUUCCAGGCCAAAAGGCCGCUGGCCAAUGGACUCGCCAUGACAGGCAGUCCAGUGGUUCUUUCCACUCUGGCUCCUCUCAAUCAGUUUUUGUUUGAUUCUUUUGGCUGGAGAGGGAGCUUCCUCGUCCUGGGAUCUAUCGUUUUGAACUGCUGUGUGGCUGGCUCUUUGAUGCGACCAGUAAACAAAAAUGCCCUGCCGAAGCCAAAGGCUGAACCAUCGGAGUGUAACGGGGCGGCCACUGAGGAAGCUGCUAGUGCACCAUCGGCUAACCUUCUGACUGAAGAAAAUCAAAGUGAGAGCAAGAGUCAGGGCUGUGUGGACAGAUUCAUCGAUUUCUCUCUUUUCAAACACAGGGGCUUCCUCAUCUACCUCGCUGGCAAUGUGGUCAUGUUUUUUGGCUUUUUUGCGCCUGUGGUUUUCCUAGCUCCGUACGCCAAACAUCUAGGGAUUGAUGAAUAUUCUGCAGCUUUUUUGUUGUCUAUUUUUGCUCUGGUGGACAUGUUUAUCAGACCGGCGACUGGCCUCAUAGGCAACACCAAGUGGAUUAGGCCAAGGAUCCAAUACUUUUUCAGCUUUGCCGUUUCCUACAACGGAGUGUGCCACCUUUUAUGCCCACUGGCGGAUGGAUAUGUGGGUCUGGUUGUUUACGCUGUCUUCUUUGGUUUGGCGUUUGGGAUGGUGUCUGCCUUACUCUUCGAAGUUCUGAUGGAUCUUGUUGGGGCUCAUCGGUUUUCCAGCGCUGUUGGACUGGUCACCAUUAUUGAGUGCGGGCCAGUGCUUCUUGGACCACCAUUAUCAGGAGCUCUGGUUGAUAUAUUCAGGGACUACAAGUACCUGUACUACGCGUGUGGAGUGUUCAUGCUGGCGCCGGGUAUAUUUUUCUUCAUCAUGCAUUAUUACAACUACAAGAGACUGGACGAGGAGCAGAGGCAGGCCCAGGCUGUAGAUAUGAGGACUUGUGAAGAGGCAGUGGAACUAAAAAUGAGCCAGGAUGCUAAAGCAGCGCACGAAGAAGACGGAUAAACUUGCUGACUCUUGAAAGAUGACACCACAGAGGCCUCAGAGCCGGGCAGAUACAGUACGGGGUAUUACUGAUAGAAAUUAUUUUCUACUUUUGAUGAGAUUGUUGGACUCUUUGGACCUUUGCUACAUGUCUUUAGAUCAGCAUUUGGUAUUUUAAUGGUUAUUUUAUGUUAUUAUUAUUAGAUUUGGUGGUAAACUCUUAAGGCCUUCAUUCAUGAAUCAUUCAGAAAUGCCUCCAGUGCAAUUAUCAUAAUGGCUCUAUAAACAUUUCUUUUUGUUUCUUCAGUGGCUCAAUAAGAAGUAAUUUUCCUGAGGGACUGGUAUAAAGUAAUGAGUCACAGCCUCAGCAGAGCCAUUCCACAACUGUUUAUUAUCAUACUCCACCACUAGAUGGCACUGGACGCUAUCUUCUGAGAAUCAAGAGUGCUUCUUAUCUCUCCCAUUAAACUGAAAUAUUACAAAGA